CCCAAAAAAUCAUAUCGAUGCCGAUAUAUACAUAUUUAUAUAAUUCAUAUAUAUAACACUUGCGCUCUUCUGCUGAUUUGUUCAUCAUUAGACAUGGCCUCCUUUUGGUUCCUCUUACUUCUCAUCAUUAUUAUGUUCAUGCCCUCAUCUCCUUCACCAUCUUUACCUUCUUCUUCCGAGCUGAUCAGUUCCUCGUCAUCAAAAACUGCCACUAAUGUCCUUUCUGAAUUCUCAACAGACUUUCCUCCAUACCAAGUACUCUCACCGGACAUUGCUCCACUCCUGCCGUCUCCCGGCGGAAUAGUGCCGACGACAGGCUCCACCAUCCCCACCAUUCCAUCCAGUCCCAGCCCGCCUAAUCCUGACGCCUUCGACAGUUCGCUUGUUCCUGAUUCUGCACCUUCGCCAUUUUCGUUGCCAGAUUCUCUUGCCGUGAAAGUAAACCCAGCUGGGUUCUUAAACUUAGCGGUUUUUGCAGGGUGGGUAAUGCUGCUUAGAAAUGCACAGUACUAUAGCCGGUAGAAACUGAGACCAGAUUGAUAUUUUUCCAUCUUUGUUCAGUUGAAUCUUCUAUUCUUUUUAUGUUAUAUGAUAUGAUUAUUGUAUAUGUAUUAGUAUAUUAGUACUUUACUAUACACUUUAUGGUUUGGUGAGGAUUGUUGUAAUUAUCAGUAGAGAUCGGAUCAUCAUAAUUAUUUAUGAUCUUCAGUUCA